GUAAGAAGCCGGAAGUGGUGUUAUCGCCAUAUUGGUAGCAGUGAGACAGCAGUGGAGGAAAUUACCGGCUGUGAUAGUGCUUUAGAGAGGUGACGCGAUGUUUUUGUCGUCCGAUUCCCAGUCUGGCCAGCAGCUGUACAAGGGCAUGGAUUAUCAUUACACGGGUCCGGUGCAGCAGCGGUUCAACCCCUACACCUUCAAUGGAGGUACCGUGCUGGCUCUUGCAGGAGAAGAUUUUGCACUUGUUGCAUCAGACACCAGACUAAGUGAAGGUUACUCAAUCCACAGCAGGGACACACCAAAAUGCUACAAACUGACAGAGAAAACAGUCAUCGGAUGCAGUGGUUUCCAUGGAGACUGCCUCACACUGACCAAAAUAAUUGAAGCUAGGUUAAAGAUGUACAAGCACUCCAACAACAAGACCAUGACUAGUGGUGCAAUAGCAGCAAUGCUCUCAACAAUACUCUACUCAAGACGAUUCUUUCCUUACUAUGUAUAUAAUAUCAUUGGAGGCCUUGAUGAAGAAGGUAAGGGAGCAGUUUACAGCUUUGAUCCAGUAGGAUCAUACCAGAGAGAUACAUACAAAGCUGGUGGCUCUGCAAGCGCGAUGCUGCAGCCUCUGCUGGACAAUCAGAUUGGAUACAAGAACAUGCAGAAUGUGGAGCAGCUUCCACUGACUCUGGAGAAGGCCUUGCAGCUUGUCAAAGAUGUAUUUAUAUCUGCAGCUGAGCGAGAUGUGUACACAGGCGAUGCACUCAAAAUCAGCAUUGUUACCAAGGAUGGCAUUAGAGAGGAAUCUAUUUCUCUGAGAAAAGAUUAGUUCAUGUCAUUUUCAUGACCAACCAAAAUCUUUGCCGCUGUAAUUUUUCUUUUCUUUCCUUUAUAAAAAAUGAUUUACAAAAAGCACAAA